AUGAGUGUUUCGAGCAGACUGCUGCUGCUGAGCGCCGGCUGCGUUCCCAGCCUCUCCGUCUGGGCCCUGCCGGCUGCUGCCUUUGUCGCUGUCAUCGCCGCCUGUAUUUCUCUGCGGUACAGAGUGGUGCAGUGGCUGCUGUCCCUCGUGGUGGAGACGAGCCCCCUGCACGAGGUGCUGCACGGCCACUACGUGUCGCGGCCGCAGGAGUCCGCCUCGUGGGUGCGGCUGGGCCGGCAGCGGCUGCUGCUGCUGAGGGACCCACAGCUCGCCUGGCAGCUGCUGUCCGCCCACUUCCCCAGCUUCCCCGCCAGGGCGCGAACCCAGGCCUACGACGAUGGGCUGUUCGCUCAGGAAGGAGAGCAGUGGAAGCGGGCCCGCAGAUGCCUGACUCCGUCGUUUACGCCGUCGGCCCUGCGCUCCGCCGAGCCGCAGCUGCGCGCGCACGCCCGCCGCCUGGCCUCUCUGGCUGGCGGCUCUGCAGCCGCUGUGUCACCGCGGCAGCUGCUGGCCUACUGCACCGACUGCGUCGCCUCGGCGCUGCUCGGGCUGCAGACGCGGACCCUCGAGGACGCGGAGGGCUGCUCGCCGUUCCUGGAGGCCGUGCAGCGCGCGCACGACACUAAGACGGAGUUCGGCCGCCGCUUCGUGUUCGAAUACCUGGGUCAAGCCGCAUUCGACGCUCUGGGGCUGGGACAACUACCCGACAAGAUUGCCAACUUCUUCAGAUCGGUGACUGCCGUCAGUAUCGACCACCGUAACAGCAAUACUGCGUCUUCUCACGACUUUAUACAUCUGCUUACGAAGAAGAUGAAGCAGGAGGGCGCUGAUGACGAGGCUGUCCUAGAUGAAGUCUCGAGUCAGACCGCCGCCAUCCUGUCAGCGGGCGCUGCGGAGACCAGCCACGUGCUGCAGCACUGCCUCCUGGAGCUGGCCGCGCAGCCACAGCUGCAGCAGAGACUGCGCUCUGACAUCGCCUCUGUUCAAGAUCCAACUACUCUACCUUUGCUGGAAGCCGUUGUUAAUGAGACGCUGCGGCUGCACCCCUCGGAGCCAGUGCUGAGCCGCGAGUGCCGGCAGGCGUGUUCGCUGGGAGGCGAGCGGCUGCAGCCGGGGGACCGCGUCCUGGUGCCCGUCUGGUCGCUCAGCAGGGACUGCGGGCCACACGGCUUCCAGCCAGACACAGGCGUGGAGGCGCCACAGCUCGUCUUCGGCGGGGGACCGCGAAAGUGUGUCGGUUACAGGCUGGGUCUGUUGGCCGUGAAGAUCGCCGUUGUGGAACUCUUAUCGCAGUACGAGCUGUCCACUAAGGACGGGAAGACGCUCCUCACCAGGAGAGUCGACAAUCUCUAG